UGUUAGUCCCUGGGAACUGUUGUUGUGGUACGCAGGCGCUGCUCCACUCCACACCACCUAGCUACCAACCCGCGACCCUUGCUUCUAACACCAGUGAACAUAGUGCACCUACAGUGAACUUAAUGCACCUACAGUGAACUUAAUGCACCUACAGUGAACUUAAUGUACCUACAGUGAAGUCUAGACAAUUAUUAGUGUGUCGUGUGGAUGGUAGUAGUAGUAGUGUAAGGAGCGUGAUGAUAGAGUAGUGAGUGGUGGUCGGAGAUGGUACUAGACUGGACGGAACCUUCCCCCCACCACCUCAACACCAGCAUGGCCUCACACCUCCAGUACUCAGAGGACCAGUGGGUGGGUGAGUGGGUGCUGGAACCACCAUCGACACAGGCCGCCACUACACGCACCCCGCCGCCACUCUUCCACCCCGCCACUGCUGCCGCCACCGCUGAUGCCACCUCCGCCUCCGUGGUCAAGCUUGCCUUUACUCCUGCGAGUGCGGGGUACGGGUACACAGGCCUGGAGGGUCGGGAAGACUGGCCUGGGGUGAGUGACGGCCUUGUGUCUUACUCUACUGCUGCCCCCUCGCCCCUACCUCCAGCACAGCACUUCUAUACUCAGAAUGAUGGUGUCAUGACGGAGUUGGGUGGUGUCAAUGGUCACGGUGGUACGCCCGUGGCCGGCUACCCCCCAUCCUCCGUACCUCAGACCACCACCACAGGCUCGCUGCCGCCCACCUCGCACCACCCCGGCGCCCACCGCCCCGUCGACCUCUCCCAGGCACAGCGAGAUACCCAGCCCCCUCCCACCAUACCAUACCCACUCCACGACCCACACACGCAGAGAUCCACGCUGCUCGACACAGCGUGGCCCUCAGCAGAUGUCAAGCCUUACGGAUUUCACAGAUAUCCCGGGUCAACGAUGCUGGCUGGGUCACUGACGCCGCCCGACAAGGUCAACGGGGAGGGUCACCACCACCCUGCCCAUCACCACCACCACCACCACCAUCAUGCCCUCAUGCCCGUCAUGCCCACGCUACACACGCCGCCCUCACCUCUACCCACGCCCUCACCACCUUCUAUGACGGUUGCGCCCAAAGAGCAGCGACUGACGCGGGAGGCGAUGCAAAGGUACCUGAGGGAGCGGGGAGACCAGACCUUGGUUAUCCUGCACGCCAAGGUGGCCCAGAAAUCUUACGGUAACGAGAAGCGGUUCUUCUGUCCACCUCCUUGCAUCUACCUCUACGGUGACGGGUGGCAGCGCAAGAGACAUGAGUUGCAGCGAGCUGGCGCCUCAGAACAUGACUCUCAGCUGUGUUGUUUUAUCGGUAUUGGCAACUCAGACCAGGACAUGCAACAACUUGACCUCAACGGCAAGCACUACUGUGCGGCCAAGACGCUCUUCAUUAGCGACUCUGACAAGAGGAAGCACUUCAUGCUCACCGUCAAGAACUUCUGGGGCUCCGGGGCAGACAUAGGCGUCUUCCACUCCCGCAGGAUCAAGGUCAUAUCCAAGCCGUCCAAGAAGAAGCAAAGUCUUAAAAACGCUGAUUUGUGUAUAGCCUCGGGAACCAAGGUGGCUCUCUUCAACCGUCUAAGAUCCCAGACGGUGUCUACAAGAUACCUCCACGUUGAGAAUGGUAACUUCCACGCCUCCUCUACACAAUGGGGCGCCUUCACCAUACACUUGUUGGAUGAUAAUGAGAGCGAGGGUGAAGAGUUUAGCGUUCGGGAUGGCUAUAUUCACUACGGUUCUACAGUGAAGCUGGUGUGUGCUGUAACGGGUAUGGCGCUUCCAAGACUCAUAAUUCGCAAGGUUGAUAAACAAACUGCACUCCUUGAUGCAGAUGACCCAGUUUCCCAACUUCACAAAUGUGCCUUCUAUAUGAAGGACACAGAACGCAUGUACCUCUGUCUCAGCCAGGAACGUAUCAUUCAGUUUCAGGCAACUCCGUGUCCUAAGGAAGCUAAUAAGGAGAUGAUCAAUGAUGGUGCAUCUUGGACGAUCAUCAGUACAGACAAAGCAGAGUAUCAGUUCUAUGAAGGCAUGGGACCAGUGCGUGCACCAGUCACUCCAGUACCUAUUGUCAACUCCCUACAUUUAAAUGGUGGUGGGGAUGUUGCUAUGUUAGAACUAACUGGGGAAAACUUCAGUCCAAACUUACGUGUAUGGUUUGGUGAUGUGGAAGCAGAAACCAUGUAUCGUUGUCAAGAAUCUAUGCUGUGUGUGGUUCCCGAUAUAUCUGCCUUUCGCAGGGGAUGGCAGUGGGUCCGACAGCCUACGCAGGUUCCUGUUUCUCUAGUUCGUCACGAUGGUAUUAUAUAUGCUACCAAUCUUACGUUUACUUACACACCCGAGCCAGGGCCACGGCAACACUGCCCUCAGGCUGAUGAUAUUAUGAGACCACCUGCACAUCGCUUACCACCAGCUUCUCUUCAAGAGGCUCCCACCUCCGCCCACCCCCUUCAUCACACCUCACCGCCUGCUAAUCCACUAGUACCUCUACAGUUUGAACCAUCUCAACCUCUUCAUGCUCCCACCCAGCAGCAACAGCAACAGCAGCAGCAGCAUCAGCAACAGCAACAACAACAGCAGCAGCAGCAGCAGCAGCAGCAGCAGCAGCAACAGCAGCAGCAGCAUCUGUAGGGCUAUGCCCUUGUCUUCCCUUACUUUGCCACAGCUGCCACAGCCUUUUAUCACAGACAUUUGCUGCUCUGAAUGCCUUCAGAACAGCAGGGAGCUUUGUGAAUUUUCAGUGGUGGCAAAGUGUACAGUGUUGUUUUGGUGGUUGUGCUGGGCUGUGAUGUGCUCCAGAAACACACUUGCGCCUAUUAACCAGUGUGGCUUUACUAAAAGUAAAUUCAAAUCAGCAGUUGGUAAAUCCAUUAUGCAGUACCAUGUGAGAGGAACAAUAUACUGCAGUGCCAAAAUGGACACAUUAAUAUGGAUCCAGCUGAUGCCAUUCUUGUUAUAUGGGCAGACACUUAACAAGUGCAGUAGUGAGCACACUGGCAAGUGUUCACUUAUUGUGAUGUGCGUACAACAUAGUUAUGGUUUUGCAAAAUUUUGUAUCAUCACGUCUGUAUAUGACAUUCCAUUUUUAAUAUGACCACACUCAAUGUACAAAGUUGAUUAGUAUGUAGUGUAGAAAAUUGCAAAGAUAUUUGUUUACUAAAAGGGAAAGAGCAUCUUACACAAAAAUUGACUAAAGGUUUGAUGGAAAUUGAUAUUUCUCUAGAGGUUCCUUCUACUAUUUGUGAUAUUUUUGUACUUGUAUGAUUGAAAGUAUUUUUAGAUCUCAAAUUUAGGUAUUUAGAUCUAUUUCCUGAGUGAAUUUUGUAUUGUUUUAUUUUUGUAAAUAUUUCACUAGAUUGCAUUCAUAUCUUUUGGUUCAUUUAAAAAAUUAAAAACCAAUAAAACAUGUAGGGUUCACUGAAAGUUACACUUAAAAUUCAGCAGUGUACUGUUAGGCUGGUGUGGCUGUGUGUGGCAUCCUACACUCCCAAACCUGGUGUCAUACAUGACAUAAUAAAUCCACCUAAUUAGAGUUUUAUAUUAGAAUUCUUAACAUUUAUACAAAUACUGUCAUUAAAAGGGAUUUGUUGUUUUUAAGUGUUGGAGGCUUUACCUGUACUUUUCUAAUGAGUUAAGUGAGGUGUGAGAGUUGGAAACUGGUUGCCUUUUUAGUAUAAGUCAUUUUGCCUAAUUUAUUUUUUGUACUUACUUUGACAGCCUAAUCUAUCCUAAAACAUAAAAAAAAGAAUAUCUACAGAUAAGGUCUACAUUUGGGAGAAGGACACCCACUUCACAGUCAUGUAUGAAAGGGUCUCUGAUUCUGUAAGGUCACAGUUCACGUUAGAUGAUGAGUGUACUUUUAGUCACAAAGGGGCAUGUGCCGUUGGUACUCGCCCCAGUUUAGCACACAAAAAAAAUUUGUGAUAGUGUACAGCAGUCUCUUUGUGUACAGUAUUUAAUAUUCAUUCAUGCAAUAAAGGUCAGUUUGUAUAA